AUGGAUGCGAGACGAAAGAGUAUGAACUGUGUCAGCCUGGCAACAGUUCGCCUGGCAACUUGGGACAACCCAUAUGAUAGCCAAGUUCGAGGUUCUAUCAACGAAGACGAUGAGAAGGAAAUAAGGGAGCAAUUUAACCUCGGCCCGCUCGAGGACUUUGACCAUAUCGGCGUCUUCCAAAAAUACCGCGCAUGUGCUAUCAAGUCUUGUUUCAAUUCUGAGUUCGGAUGUUCCCUAGGAUUGGACAUAUUCCAGGGUAACUCGGUCACGUACAACAGUACUCUUGAACUUGGAUCUAUCAUGAGCCACAUCUAUUGCACCAAGGACGAUUUGGGAAUCGACGGUGACCUCGCGGGUCUGGGUUUAUUCAUUGCCUACCUCAUUCAAUUCUCACUAUCCAUGUUCUUCGUCCUGUCACUAAACCUCACCACGACUUGGACUAGAUACCUUGUUCGGGCCUGUUUAUGGCCAUUCCGCACACCUGAUGAGGCUAAAACGACGGCGCAGAAAUGGCAGAAUACUCUCUCAAACAACCGCUUUGCUGGAGCCAUAGCAUCAACCAUUGUUAACCUCCAAGAAGCUCAAACACAAUAUCUGGCCAUCAUCUCAGUUGUUGGCGUGGUGGCAUAUGUCAGUAACAGCACCACUGGCUUCGGCAAUGGACACACGUUCCGUGCGUGGUAUACAAACAAAGACCUCUUGGAUGACAUGAUAUCAAUUAGUAUCUAUCCCAUUCUCUUUGUCCAAAUAGCCCUCCACAAGACCGGAAAUGGAUGGUGGUACACGAUACUAUGGGUGAUCUUCACCAGGGUACUGGCGUAUUUCAUCGCCUUCUCAUGGCGGGAAGCCGAGGAGAUUCCAGAGAGGUUCCGAGAGAACGAUGGCCUAGAGUCUUGUGGACAGAACUCUGGACCAAAAUUGUACUGCAUGAACUACGACGAUCCCUUCGAUGGCUUCGCUUACAACGGGUUGAUGCCAUCACGCCAGAGUAUGCUGCUGAACAAGCUUUCUUACUGA